ACUCGCUACAGAGCCUAUUUCAGAUGCUGCCGUCUGAGGCUGACAUAUCAGCAGCCAUCUACGGAGCCAUACAGGCCUAUGGCUGGGGAUACCUGGCUAUCAUCACUCAGAAUGAAAACAUCCUCACGUUGACUACAGCGGAACUGGGAGAGAAACUCCAGGCUGCAGGUGUCCGGUAUUCUGAGAGAAUGUUUGAGACCAAAGACGGCAUAUCUCUCCUCAACAAUAAUGGAGGACUCUUUGACCCAAGAGCUAGGAUAUUCUUCAUUGCAACUUUCAGCAGCCAUGCCCGAGACAUCAUUUGUGCGGCAUACAAGAAAGGCUACCGCUACCCGCAGUACAUGUUCCUCACCUAUGCCUGGUACCCACCUCAAUGGUGGGACAGAGAGACGAGCCCUGAUUUCAACUGCACUGGAGAGGAGAGACUUGAAGUCUUGAAUCACACACUCGCGUUUCUCCACUUCCCGUUUGUCAGAUUCGGGGAUGUGAAUGCCUCUACUGAUGUCAAUGUGACAGGAUAUGAGUACAUGGAGGCAGUGCAGAAGCAUGUCGAUGAGCCUCCAUUCAACUUCAGUCUGAUAGCAGGAGCUGGCUUCUGCCACGACGCAACCUGGACACUGGCCUACGCUCUCAACCGCACCGUGAUGGAAUUGAUGAAUGACGAAGAUCUUCGCCAGAACGCGAGCAUUGCAUCAGGUCUGAACUCUUCCGACUUCUCCCUGGCUGAUUUCAGCUACCAGAACAACGUGGUCCAGCAGACUAUGUUGCAACACUUGACCUACACCCACUUUACUGGAGUCACUGGUCAGGUGAAGUUCCACGAGGGAAUCAGAGACGUGGAUGACCUGAGAGUCUUGCAGAUCCAGAGGAACUCUACCGGAGGCUACGACUGGGUCAAGAUUGCUUCGGUGAUAAUCAACAAUGAAAAUGCCACUGAUGUUUCUUUCAGAUAUGUCUCGGGGGUCUCAAAUGACACUGUAUUUCCAGAGGGUAUUCCCCAUGAUGGCAUACCUCUGGUGGAGGAUGUGACCAUUCACCUGUCACUGACUAUCCUCAUCUCACUCUUUGUGGCUGCUGGGCUGGCCUUCAGCAUCGUCUGCCUUGUCUUCAAUACUCUCUUCAGACAAAGAAAAUUGAUUCGACUGUCCAGUCCCAACCUCAACUACAUCAUCUGUGUGGGAGCCAUCAUCCUGUAUCUGGACAUGAUCCUACUGGUCAUCCCAUCCACGGAUCGGAGGGUCGUGUCCGUCCUGUGUAACCUGAAUCCCUGGUUUACUUCCAUUGGCUACUCUCUCUGCUAUGGAACCAUCGUCGUCAAGAUGUUCAGAGUCUACUACAUUUACUCCAAUCCUUCUCCCCGCAAGAAG